UUUGUCACACAUCCUCUACAAUCACAGUCACUCAAAUCUCCAUUCAAACCGGCGCCUCAACUCCGGCUGUCAUUCACCCCCUGCGACCAACUUCACCACAUCCCACAGGAAUAGUAAUAGGAAUGGUGGGGCUAUCUAUAGGAGAAAAACAUUUUAUACAAGGUGGAAUUGCUCAAGACUUGCGUACUGAUGGUCGUAAUAGGUUAACUUACCGACCCAUAAUUGUGGAAUCCGGAGUCAUUGCUCAAGCAAAUGGUUCAGCAAGAGUUAAGAUGGGUAGAACGGAAGUCAUAGCUAGCGUGAAGGCCGAGCUAGGAAAACCAAGUUCUUCGGCGCCCGACAGAGGCAAAGUUUUUAUCUUCAUUGAUUGCAGUCCCACAGCAGCACCCGAGUUUGAGCGGAGAGGUGGUGAAGAACUUUCAACUGAACUCUCUGCAGCUCUAAGGCAAUGUCUUUUGGGAGGUAAAUCUGGAGCAGGAGCUGGAAUUAACCUUUCAUCUCUGUCAAUUGUCGAUGGGAAGGUCUGUUGGGAUUUAUAUAUCGAUGGUCUUGUGAUUAGCAUGGAUGGAAAUAUACUCGAUGCCUUAGGUGCUGCCAUCAAGGCUGCUUUAAGCAAUACGGGUAUUCCAAAAGUCAAUGUUGCUUCGGCUGCCCCUUCUGAUGAACAACCAGAGGUUGACGUGAGUGAUGAAGAGUUUCUACUAUUCGACACCACUGCAGUUCCAGUUAUCGUGACUUUAACUAAGGUUGGAAGGCAUUAUAUUGUAGAUGCAACUUCAGAAGAGGAAUCACAAAUGAGCUCUGCUGUCUCUAUUUCAAUCAACAGGCAAGGAUUGAUAUGUGGGCUGACUAAAAGAGGGGGUGCAGGUCUAGAUCCAAGUGUCAUUUUUGACAUGAUAUCCGUGGCUAAACAUGUGAGUGAGCAGUUGAUGAACAAAUUGGACUCCGAGAUAGCUGCAGCUGAGGCCAUGGAAGAAGAGUCGUGACAUUCAUAGUGGUUAGAGUAGUCACGUUAUUGUAAAGAGUUUAAAUUUAUUGUGUUGUGCUCAGUUAUCUCGGUAUGUAGCAUUAGCACCCAUUACUGUAUUACUAGUUUGGUGAGAUCCUGUAGGUCAAAAUGACAUUUUGAUAAUUUGAUGUACCAUUAUGGGCGGAUGAGUAGUUUAGAAUUGACAAUUUUUUCGGCCCUUGUGAAACGGGUUAGUCAUAUCUUCAUUUGAAA